CCUCGUAUUUCUCAAAGUUCAUAUUUCCUUAUGGGAUAGAUGGAAGCCAGUUAGAGCAUCAAGUAUAUGCUGGCUGCCAGACAAAUCCUUCCAAUCCCAUUCCUCACUUAUUUACAUGGAACCUUUUUUCUCUCACAUGCUCAUUAAAAAUGUGCCCCCAAUUCUCAUUCCAUCUACCUCUGUUACGGGCAACUUGUAGGAGCCAAUUGACCUCACAAAAGCAUGUCCUUGCAGGGUGAAGAAUUGAAGAACAUCCAAAAUACAGUCUGUUGUUACACAGUUGAAGAUACUCUUGCAGAUUGAGCUGGCCUUACAAGGGCCGUGCUUACUCACAGACUUUUUCCUUUGUUUUUCAGCUGUGAACGUCACAUCCCCACAGUUCAGCGGCACGGAUGAGUUUGGUUUUACCUCCUUCAUUGCUUAUUCAAUGAUCCAGAAUAUCAGCUCUUACUGUGAAUUCAGACUAAAAUUUACUCUAGCUGAUCCAGACAAGGCCACAAAGGACAACCUUAUCUUCUUUACUGGGCAGAAAGGUCAAGGGUUGAAAGGAGAUGAUUUUCUUGUUCUGGGCCUGCAGAAUGGAACAGUGGUUUACAGCUUUAAUUUAGGCUCUGGCACCACCACGAUAGUCAGUGAGCCGUUGGAUCGACUCCUUGAGAUGCACGUUGUCCGUUUAGGAAGAUUCCUCAGAACAGGAUGGCUGAAGGUGGACAACCAAAUGAAUAAAACUCGCACUUCCUCCGGGACUUUGAUGGGCCUCAAUGUUUUCAGCCAGUUUUACGUGGGAGGAUACAGCAAGUACACCCCAGGACUACUGCCCAACGGUGCUCAUUUCAAUGAUAGUUUCCAAGGCUGCAUUUAUGAAUUGCUGGUUCGAACAGGCAAGGAUAGAAGGUUUAGAAAACCUGGAAGCCCAGAAGGACAUCCUAAUGCCGGCCGGAACGUGGGCCAGUGCAGAGUUUCCUCGUGUAGUCGUAUGAAGUGUGGGAAUGGAGGUACAUGUGUGGAAAAGGCUUCGACUGUCUACUGCCAGUGUCGUCCAGGGUGGAAGGGAGCCUUCUGCACAGAGACUGUAAGUGUGUGUGAUCCUCAGCACAAGCCUCCACACCAGUGUGCCCCACGUUCUCUCUGCAUCCCGCUACCUGAGGGUUACACCUGCCGUUGCCCCUUGGGCACCAAAGGGGUCCACUGCAAGGAAGCUUUGACCAUCAGCGACCCUGUCUUCAGGAGUAAUGAGUCUUCCUGGAUGGCAUUCUCACCCUUUAACAUACGCCACAAGACCCACAUUAAGAUGCAGUUUCUUCCUCGGUCACCAGAUGGCAUCUUGUUCUACACUGCACAGCAUCUCGGCACUCAGUCGGGAGACUUCUUGAGCAUUGGACUAGCGCGUGGCUUUGUGCAGCUUCGUUAUAAUUUAGGGGAUGCCACAGUUGUCUUGCGCUCAACCAAGGCAGUGGACACAGCUGGGAAAACCUGGCACUUCAUAGAGGCUAGCCGGACUGGAAAGCAAGGAUACUUGACACUAGAUGGAAUCAAUGUGACCAGAGACUCCAGUGUUGGCAUGACUGCACUAGACACCAAAACGCUUUUCUUUGUGGGCGGUGUACCCAACUUGAACGAGAUCAAUGCGGUGGCAGUGGAGCAUGAGCCCUCGGGCUUUGAUGGCUGUAUUAGGGAGGUUGUGGUAAAUGAUUUUGAACUCAAAUUGACCGAGAAGGGGGCCAAAGAUGGUAGUAAUAUCGGCGAUUGUGACGGAACAGCCUGUGGUUAUAAAAUAUGUGUCAACAAAGGAAACUGCAGUUUGGACUCAGCAGCAAACUUCUUUUGCUCUUGUCCACCUUUGUGGGUUGGAACCAACUGUGAGAUACCAGUGAUCUGCCUCAAUAAUCUGUGCAAACAUGGCUCGCUCUGUAUUCCUACUUUCUCCACUGCAACAUACAGAUGUGCUUGUGCCCUAGGAUGGGCAGGAGUCCAUUGUGAGAACAAAAUUAUGCUUUCUACUGUAAAGUUUUCUGGCAACUCUUAUGCCAAGUACAGCGACCCAUUGUACCUGAUGCGAGAUCUCCGUUUUACCUCCAUCUCUCUCAAUUUCACCACCAGUGAGAAGGACGGCCUGGUUUUAUGGAUGGGGAAAGCAGAGGAUGAAGACAAUGAUUAUCUUACCAUUGGUAUCUCCAGAGGAAACCUCAAGAUCGGAGUAAAUCUGGGGGAAAGAAUCAUUCUGCCAUUUGUCUUCAGAAAUUCCUCAGUCUGUUGUGACCAAUGGCACUCUGUGUCCGUUCAUCAAGACCGGACCAUCAUCACCGUGAAGCACAACGGCAAGAGGAUACUCUAUGAAGACCUGGAUCCACGGAGAAGAUACGUUGCUUUGAAUUAUGGGGGGGUUUGCUACUUUGGGGGUUUUGAGCUCUCCAGGAAAGUGAAGAGUGUCACUGCUGGCCUCUUUACUCAAGGAUUAGUGGGCCGAAUUAAAGAUGUUUUUAUAUUUAAGGACCCAAAACCGGUCCUGUUUUCUAGUAACAUGGAAGGAUACAAUAUCUUAAGUGGAGAUGAAUAAUGAAAUGCAAUGAUACCAUUGUGAGGUACUACAUUCAUCAAGAUUGUAAUUUAGUUUGUUAGACACAAAAUUAAACACAAACUAAAAACAAAUCCCUUAAAUUUUAAACUUGGUAUUACAUGUAGAAUAUCAUUUUAAUUUAAUUCCAUUUUAAAUAUCUAGUUGGUUUUUCCUUAUGGUCAUUUGCCAUAAUGUUUUAGUCAAAUUACUUAGUAUAAUGUACUUGCUAAUUAGACAUUUUAAGUGCAGAAAACAAUGAUAACAGUUUGAAUUUAUCUUUUUACAGUAUUUGUUUAAAAACAUAUUGGUUAAUUUUGUCUAGCAAAAUGCCUGCUUUAAGCAGUGUGAAUUUUUAACUAGUUUUGCUUCAAUGAUUUGAGUUAUGUUCCCAAUCAGCUUAUUUUAUUGCCUUUUGUGAUGUAGAUUAAUAUUUUCUAAGUGAAAAUAGAAUGAUGCAGUAUAUUUAUGUGUUCAAUGGUUAUUUUGAAAGCCUGCAACCUCCACUAUUUUAAAAGCAGCUAUUCUGAUGUUAACUUUGAGUUUCAAACUGAUUUAAGGACUGUCCUUUCACCAACGAUAUCACAUGCUGUGUCUGGUAACACCUAACGGUCCUGCAUAAUUACUGUCAAAUUCACCGAUGAGUCAAUUUCUCUUCACUGUGAGCCUAGAGGUUGCAUGGAUCUUUAGAAGUUAAUCAGCAUUCAAUGGAAUAAGGAUACGUUGGUGCAUAGCCAUUGAAUUCAGCAGGGAACUAUGAUUCAUCCAGCAAUGACGUAUGUUAUCAGAAACAGGUGGCAUUAUUUAAUCAAGCCAUUAUUUCACAGAAUGCUGCCUGCCCCGCUGAGUUACUCCAGCUUUUUGUGUCUAUCUUCGGUUUAAAACAGCAUCUGCAGUUCCUUCUUACACAUUUCACAGUAACAGUUGUUUUGUUAUUGAUAUUAAAAAGUUACUCUAUAUAAAUAGUCAUGCAGCCUGGAAACAGACCCUUUAUCCCACCAAGCCUGUGCUAUCAAACGCCAAUUCACAAUCAUCCUGCACUGAUCCCAUUUAACCUGCUCACAUUCCUAUCAAUCCCUCCACAUUCUACCACUCACCUAUACACCAGGGACAAUUUAUAGUGAUCAAUCAACCUAGCAACUUGAAUGUCUUACUGAUGCGGGAAAAGACCAGACCACAUGGGGA